CUUGCUCAGCACUGUCAACACUGCCAUUGGAACAUCGAGGCUCAGACUACCCAGAUUAUACAACACACCAACCAACUAAGGACAACUUAACCAAUUAACCCACCAAACAGCAAGUCUUUGGAAGCUGGGAGAGAACCAGAGUACCUGGGGCAAACAGAGAAAGAAAUUUAACGAGCUGGUACCAAAGAGGAAGAAAGAUGGCUUCCAUGGAAAAAACAAACAAUUCAUCACCUACAGUCAGAACUAAUGGAUCAUGCUUCUUGGAUGAACAAUUCCUCACAAGAAUGAUGCCUCCAGCACUUACAAUCUUCUGCAUUUUAGCUGUAAGCUUUAACAGUCUAACACUAUGGAUAUUCUGUUCACAAGUGAAGAAAAAGACCCCAAUUGAUAUUUUGAUGUUAAAUCUGUGUCUGGGUGACCUGCUUUUCUCAUUCACCUAUCCGCUUUUAAUCACUUAUCACAGCAACAAUAACCACUGGAUAUUUGGAGACUUCAUGUGCAAACUCCAAACCUUCUUCAUCUAUUUCAUCUUGAUGGCAAGUGUCUUCUUCCUGACGUGCAUCAGUAUUUAUCGAUGUUACAUGGUCCUCAAGUCCAUUCAGUCCAAGAACAGGUUUACAAAGAAAUGUACCAUUGCCCUUUCUAUCUUGAUCUGGUUGUUAGCCAGCUUUGUUGCAUUCCCGGCUUUUUCUCGGUCCAGGGUCUUUGAAAUAAAUGGAAGAUUACAUUGUAUGAGCUUUAAUCAGCCAAUUAAGGAGGAAGUAUUACUAUCUUCCACAGUUACAUUAUUUAUUCUGUCCUUUGGAAUUCCAUUUGUUACCUUGCUGGUGUCAACUUUACUUGUUCAAAGGAAACUGGCCAAUUUAACAUUAGCUGCACAUUCACAAAAAUCCCAAUAUGCUGUCCGGAUGAUGAUAGUAAUAUUGUGCAUCUUUGUAAUAUGCUUUCUUCCUGUAAAUGUAGCACGUUUAGUUAUUUCCACUGUGGGUAUGAAGAACUGCACACUUUUCCAACAACUUGGAGUAGCUUACUACUGCUGUGUUCUUGCCAUUUAUUCUAAUACUAUCCUGGAUCCUAUUGUGUACUUCUACGCCAGCACCAAAUAUCGGACAAUGUUCAUUAACACCAUUAAGGGCAUGGGUUUUUGUAAAAAUCUGCCUGGAGUAGUCAGCAACACCCAAUCCACCAGUGAGUCAACAGUGUGACAAUUGAUGCAAAGAGCCAAUGAUUUAUCCUCAGUAGCCACUCGUUUUACCAUGUACCGCCUGUACCUAAUAAAGUGGCCACUGAGUAUAUAAUCAUGGACUGCUGCUGCCCAUUCACUUCAAGAUUCAACGUGUUCUGCAUUCAGAGAUGCCCUUCUGUGCACCACUGCUGGAGCGCAUCAUCAUCUGAGUGACUGUUGUCUUCCUGUCAGUUUGAACCAGUUUGGCCAUUCCCUUGAGGUACUUCUGUCCACAGAGCUACUGCUCUCUGGAAAUUUUCUGUUUCUCACACCAUUUUCUGUAAACUCCCGAGGCUUUUGUAUGUGAAAAUCCCAGCAGACCAGCAGUUUCUGAGAUCUGCAAAUCACCCCAUCUGGCACCAACAAUCAUUCCACAGUCAAAGUCACUUAGAGCAAAUAUCCCCCACUCUGAUGUUUCGUCUGAGCAACUGAACCUCUUGACCAUGCUUUUAUGUAUUGCAUUGCUGCUCAUAAUUGGCUGAUUAGUUAUUUGCAUUAAUGAGCAGGUGUACAGGAGAACUAAUAAAGUGGCCAUGAACUGUAGAAUGUACUGACAGAAGCCUAACUUCAUCUCAAAUGAAUGCAAUCUUCACAGUAAUAUCAGAGCUUUAUUUCACUUUUGCACUUCAAGACAAAUGUUAAACUUAGUCUAAAUAUGCUGUUCCAGCAGUUCAGGCCACCAUUACCACUGCAUGGAACUAGCCUAGUAUUAUUCUUUAACAAACUCCAAAACAGAUUAACAGGCCAUUCUGUUUUUUUUAAAUUUCCUGUGUGUAAAUGCUUGCUGUGGUACCAAUAGGCAGGUGUUCUCAGCCAAGUUCAAAAGUAAGUGAUUAAGACAUGCUUCGCUGAAAACGUCUCGAAAAUGUGCAUUUAAGAUACUUGUAAAUUCCUGGCAAUCAUUGUUUUGUUUGUAAUUCCCCAUAUCUCAACAAAUAAAGCUACUCCCAUGAGUAUAUGUGCCUAUACAAAUAAAAAUAUUGUAUUGACAAAGUUUCUGACCAUUCAUACAUCUAAAAACCAUCAGACCUGGAAGUGUGGUUAAUGAAAAGAAUGAUAGAAUGAAUUGUAAAAUACAUUGUCAAGUGAUCCACAUCUACAGAAAGCAAGAGAGUACAAGAGAACAAACAGAUCAUCCACUGCAUAUAUGGGCAUUUGGUCGAGACCUCAAAAUGAAGUUAGUGCUUAGACACCCAUCCAUCUUCCAGUAAGGAGAAACAUUCAGGCAAGUGGAUUGAAGAUAAAAAAUGAAGGAGAUUGACAUAGGGAGAGAUCAAGAGAAAAAGAAUGAGCAGAACAUUCAAUUUGUCCUUGUCCUCUAGCGUGUUCACUGAUUUCCCAUCUCAAUUCAGUCUGAGCUGAUGGGAAUAUCAAUGUUUCAACACAAGUCCAUUAUACAGCCCAUCUUAGUCAAACUUUCAGGAAACUUUCCACAAGGACAAUCACAAGUACAAACAGCCUGAAAUUGCUGUGUGGAAUUUCAGCUUCUGUACUACCAACUGGGAUCACCUUAGUCUGAAAGUUCAGAGGUGGUAGAAUUGAUAAAAGGCAAGGUUUUUGAGUCAGUGUGUCGAUAGCCCUGCCAAGUAACACUAGACCUAAUCUUUGCGAAUCUAUCUGGGUAAUGCAGGGAAAGCAAACUGAUGGCACAUAAAUCUAUAAAUAACAAGUGGGAGACAUUCACCAAUGCAACUAUGAGAAUUCAGGACAAUGGUGAAAGGCAAAGACAACAAAGGAACACUGAAUGUCAAGGAACAUGGGAGAAUCAAGAAAAAGCGUCAAAGGUUAGAUAAGGAAUCAAAAGUGUCGUUUAUAAAGAAGUGCAAACAGGAGACAUCCAACAGGUGCAUAGAAUGUGAAGGGCGUGCAUAAAAAGUAAUUGGGAGAGCAAAGUGGAGGUAUGCAAUAGGACUGGCAGCAAAGAUUAAGAAAAAUCCUAAAGCAUUUUAUAUUAGGUGCAGAAGAAUUGGGCCCACAGAAAACAAAGUGGAAACCUAUGUAUGGGGUCAGAGAAUAUAGGUGAGGUGUUAAAUAUAUUCCUCACCCGCGUUCAGUAAGGAGACCAUUUUUGUUGGAUAAGGGGGGCAGAUUAAAUUAACUGAUAUUAAAAAGGAGGCACCAUUAGAUAUCUUACUUGUCAUAAAAGUUGAUAUAUCCCCACAGCCCAAUGAGAUGUAUCCCAAGUUGCUAUGGGAGAGAAGAAAGGGAACCUUGUGAGAUUCAAGAAAUAUUCUGAUCUUCUCUGGCCUUAGGUGAGAUGCCAGUUGACAGGGUAAGAAUAAAUAUGGUACACUUAUUUGAGAAGGGCAACUGGGAUAAAAUAGGCUGAUGAGUCUAACACAGAGGAUAAGAACAACACACACAAAAUGCUGGUGGAACACAGCAGAUCAGGCAGCAUCUAUAAGAAGCACCAUCAACAUUUCGUCAGGACUAAAUGAAGGGAAA